UAGUGACAUGCUGUCUUCAGAUAUGAACUGGAUCAAUGAGGCAUGAUCAGCAGACAUGACGGACAGUUUGAAGAUACGGUUUGAUUUCCCCAGCCCGGUCAUACAAACACAGACUGUAAGAAGUCUUCUUGCUGCUGUGCUGAAGGAGAAAGGACAAAAUGGACAAAUCAACCAGGCCUCGAUGCAGGGCCCAGCGUUGGAGACUCUGUGGCAGCAGUGCAGCGGUGACUGUGCUCUGGUUCGCUCAGUCUGCUGUGAUGCCUUGGUGCUGCUGGUGGAUCAGGGUCACGCAGACCUGAACUUCAUCCUGAACAGCGUCCUAAACCUCCUGCCCUCUGCCAGAAACGUCCAGGGGCUGCUGAAGGUCAUCGGACAGCUGCUCCAGAUGCAGGCGGACCAGCGAGACCGAGAAAAAGCCUUCACCUGUCCUUACUCCAUCCGGAGCAGCCCCCACCCGUACAUCACAGCGCUGGAGAACCGGUCAGACUGCUGGCCGGCUCUGCUUCUGGAGAUUGAUGACUUCAUCCAACGGGCUGCUGACAGAAAUGAGCCGGCGUACAUCACCAUGUUGUUUCCCUUUCUGCGGUUCUUGUACUGUGAACCUCAGAGGCAGACCCAGAAUGCUCUUCUGCGACACAGUCUCCUCAGGGUGCUCCUGCCUGUCCGAUCCCAAACUGAGAAGCACCAGGACAAGACCUCCUCCGUGUUUGACAGUCUGCUUCGAUGCCUCUGCCAGCUGGUGCCACACAUGCAGGUUGACAGCGUGGAGGCGGUGCUGGAGCUGCGUGGGUUUGUUGAGGCUCUGCUUCAGGGCCUCGUAUCCAGAGGGCAGUGGCGGAGGGAAUCAGUCGAGCUUCUUCUGCAGCUGCUUUGUUCCUGCCAACGUUGCCUUAAGUUGAACGGAGACUGCAGACCUCUGCUUCAGCUAAUGGAGCAGCUACUACCUGCCUGUCAACAGGAGCUGCCACUGGAUGAGCUGAUGAUGGGCGUGGCUCUGCUUCUGAUGGAGGCUCCGGUGGAUCAGCAGAGCAGCCUCCUCAGUCUGGCUUUGAUUUUAGCUCCUGAGCAGAUGGAGCUCUCACCCUGGUUGAGCCCAGUCCUGGUUCUUCCUGUGCUGCAAAUCCUGUCCUGUUUGGGCCUCACCGAGGCUCUGGCUGACCGACAGACACACAGACGAAACCAGGAACUGGCCAACAGUCUGCUCCACAGCGUCAGCUGGCAGACAGAUGAACCCUCCCAGUCUGGACCAGCGUUGUCCCUUCCUCUCACUUCCUGGUACAGUGAGCUCAGCGUCGCUCUAUCCACGCUACGCAAAGUUGCAAACGACCCCGGAGCCGCCUCUGAUUGGCUGCUCUCCGUCAGCUCGUGCCUGUCUUCCAGCCAGCGCCUUCCCUCCUCCCUCACCCUCAUUGUGACCCAUCUCCUCAUCACGGGGCGGGAAGACGUCUGCCACCUGGCUCUGAACGCCAUCCAGACCAUCGCUGCAGCCGACCCCUGCCAGGUCCCUUCCCUCGUCCCUGUUCUGUUGUUCAAGCUGGGGAAGGCACAAAAUCCAGUCCUGGCUCAUGCUGUGCUCAGCUGCCUGCCAAACCUUGGGACUCAUAAGCUGUGUGUCCCCACGGUGCUGCAGACUCUGCACGUGCUCGCCAGCGCCCCCAAGCUGAGAGCGGUGGCGAUGCGUUUGAUGACUGCUCUAUGGAAAAAACAGGACCGUGUUUACCCGGAGCUGCAGCGUCUGCUGGGUCAGCAGGACAGCAGGGUGGUGGUGGGGAGGGACGCCCAGUGGGAGCAGAUCCUGGCCAGGGCCGCCUGCCUCCGGGACAUCUGCCGAGAGAGGCCUUACCAGCAUGGAGGGGACAUGUUGGCUGCCAUUACACUCACUCUGAACCAGUGCAGCAAACCAGACCUGGCAACCCCUGCUGCUCUGGCCCUGCAGGGGCUACAGGAGCUGUGUCGGGCUGAGGUGGUGGAUAUCGUGUCGACAUGGAGGAGUCUUGGACCUGAGCUGAGCUGUGACUCUCGUCCUCUGAUGGUCAAAGCCACGGCCGAGCUUCUGGCUCUGGUUCCUCAGCUCACGGUGAAGUCGGAGGCGUACGAGAAACUCAAAGAAGAGGUGCUCAGCUUUCUCUGGAAUUAUGCUGUGAGCAAGGAUCCAGAGGUGGCCAGCUGUGGCUACAGGGCUUUGGCAGACUUUCCUGAAACCGUCCACACAGUCACUCUGCUUCCUGAGGCAGCCAGGCCAGUGGUGAAGCUCCAUGAAACUGAAGAUGAAGAUGAGAGGAAGGAGAAACAGGAAGAAGAGGAUCUCUCCGUCCCUGGUUCAUCUUAUGUGAAGCUGAUGGCUCUCACUCACACAUCUGUUUUACCAGCUUUUCAAGUUUUCCUCACAUCUCUGGUAAAGCAGGAGAUGAGCCAGAUGCCACGAGGAGUUUAUUUCUCUGCUUUGAGACAGGGCGGUCUGCGUUCAGACCAGGGGAAAACAGUCGCUGGAAUCCCUGCUUUCAUGCUGAAGACCUAUGAGAAGAACAAGCAGCCUGGACUGAAGCCUGGACUAGCAGCGGGUCUUCUGCUCUCUUACGAGCUGCCGGUGCAGACCGACCGCAACGGCAAACCCAUCGACCGUUUCCUGGUCAGCCGCAGCCGCAGCUACCAGCAGACCCUGACAGCCCUCGUCCACGAAGUGAACAUUCAGCCGUCCGAGUGGCACCGUGCCCUCCUCCUACCCCAGGCCUGGAGGGGCUUCAUGAGCCGGGCCUUCCACGCUGUCCUACAGGGUCGUCGUGCUGAUUUGGAAAUGCAGCAGAAACAAGGCAAAGAGAGUCCGGAGGAGCUGCAGUACAAGCAGCAUUGUGCCUGGCUGUGGGCCAGAGAUCAGCUGACAGACGUCAUCAAAGCUGCUACCAAGGACAGUCCUGUUGUUCAAGGAAACUCCAUCCUUGCUCUGAGCGGCCUGGCUGCUGUCCUCGCCAAAUAUGAGAGCAACCUGCCCUCUGAUAACGACGGCAGCCUUGGGGCUGGACCAGAGUUCGUCCCCACAGCCAGCUGGUUGGCCAUGGUGCUGGACACUCUGCUCAGCAUCAUCAGCAGCAGCUACAGGGCUAAAGGACAGGUCUUCCCCUGGUUCCUACAUCGUUCCUACUCGGGGGAGAACACAGCCAGUGCCAUCGCUCGUUCCUGUGCCAGCCUGGCCUUGUCCCUGCUGGUCCCGGUUCUCGUGGUGUGGCAGAGGGACGGUGUCGCUCAGGUCCUGGCAGCGCUGCAGGCCGGUCUGCCGGGCUCGCCCACCGCCGACGACACCCAGGCCGUUCAGUUCCACUCCGGCCUCGCGCUGGGUAUGGUGAUGUCCAGCCUCCACCACCAGCGCCUCAGUGACGUGUCUGUGCAGAAGGACAUGGAUUUACUCGUCACCGCUCUGAACGCCUUGGAAAGUUGCUCUUUCAAUCCCGACCUGGAAUACAAUACUGGUUGUAUUUUGGGCCUUGGUUUGGUGCUGGCUGCGCUCUGCAGCAGUGGACAGAUGGACCAACGUGUCCAUGUCACUGUAAUUCUGGACAAACUACUAGCGCAGCUGCAGGAGAGCAGCGGGCAGGGCCGAAUGAUUCAGGAGGUGUUGGCGUACUCUGUGUCAUGCGUUGGCGUGUCGGCCUUCAGCGGAGGACUGAUCGAUGUGGCCAAAGCUGAUGAGAUCAUGAACACUGUGCGAACACUGACAGAGGAAAGCCAACAGACUCCAGGCUUCUCCCUGGCUUUAGGGUUGGUCGUCCACGGUUUGUCGACCUGUGGCCACGGUAAAGCAGAGGACAUCCACCCUCGUCUACUGGCCGCUUGGAUCAAGAUCCUGUUGGCUGAGGGUUGUCCCACUAUGCAGCGGCUGGCUGCCAUCAACGGCCUGGUAGCUUUAGUUGGCUCUGAGAGUUACCUCAUUCAGCUGAAGAGUGAGCUGGAACUUUCCUCACAGCAGCAGAGCCGGCUGAAUGAGGUUAUUCGGGCCAUCACACAGAUCAUAACUUUCUCAGGAGCCAUAGGUUUGCAGUCCAACAGCGCCUGUUUGGUCGGUCAUUUACAUCUGGCCCAUAUGUCCACAAGUCACAGUCACACAGCAGUUCCACAGGACUUCAGUUACCUGUCUGAGAGGAGCGUCAUCAGAUCCAUCAUCGAUUUCAUCACUGAGGCCGGAAAGAAAGGUCCAGAAUUCUCCCAUUCAGACCUGGUGAAGACAGCGUUAACACCACUUGCAUCAGUUGGAUCUAGUUUCCAGUACCCACCCAUCAACUGGAGCGCCGUCCUGUCUCCUCUGAUGAGGCUGAGCUUCGGAGAGGACGUGCAGCAUCAGUGUAUGGUGUUGGCAGCGAGUCAAGCUCAGUCUUCUCAGAGCGCUGCUCUCUUUCUGGGCUCAUGGCUCUCACCGCCUCUUGUGCACAGUCUCAGUUACCAGACCCGGGCCCACCUGUAUGAGACCCUGGGCUCAUGGAUGAAACAUGUUGCAGAGGACAAACUCCAGGUCUAUGUGGAGAGUCUGGGUCUGCAGCAGUUCCAGGACGACCUUCGACCCCAGCGUCUGUCCCUGUGCCGCUCCAUCCUGCAGGGCCUCGCUCAGGCCAUGGCUCUCCCAAACCCUCCCAACAACUGCUGGACCAUCCUCUGCUCCACCACCGAGAAGAUCUUCAACCUGUUGCCGAACCAAGUCCAGGAUGCUGAAGUGGAGUUGUACGUGGGAACCUCCAAAUGUCUGUCUGAGAUGUCCGACACAGAGAUCGACAGAAUUUCUCGAGUCACAGAGACUCAGAUGGAAAAGAGCUGCUUCAUCCUGGCUUUCCUGACCUCCCAAGGCAGAGUUCCCCUCCUCGGGCUCAACGAUGUCAUUGCCGGCGUGCUUCGCGGUUGGCCCAGUCGAAGAAUCGGCUGGCUGCUCCUGCAAACGUUUUACCAAUGCCGACUCGCUGCCAGCUCCAACACAGGCGUGUCCAAACGACUGGAGUGGCUCCUGGAGCUGAUGGGACAUGUUCGGAACGUUGCCUACGGUGCAUCUGCUGUCACAUGUGGAGAAGCCAAACUGGCCACUGACUUCCUGUUCCAGGUUUUUGCUGCCGCUGUCAUUUCCUGGGGAGAACACUUCAUGCCGCUGCUCUUCGGUAUCAGGGCCCAGUGGUUCCCGUGGCAAUUGGACUCCAAGCCUCCAGCUGUGCAACACGCUCUGUACGGCGAGGAGUUGCUCACAGAGCACGCCCUGCCGCAAUGCCUGCUGGGAUUGUCCCACAGUCUGAGCCUGCUGCUGGAGAAAGAGCCGUGGAGCAGUCAGUCACAUAAGUUCAUAGACUGGCUUCUCAGUAUCACAGAGGGUCCUGAACACAGCCUGUCGGACACAACUAUCAGCACAGCCAAAGCUGCUCUGUUGUCUCUGAAGUCAUCUGCCGAGUUCAAGAAGAAAACUGUGUGGACCAGAGCCUAUGGGUGGUAGUUAGAAGGAGCUCCGACAUCCUCACUACUGUCCUUAAUAACAUGGAGACAGUCGAAGUUCAGACAUUUUAUUUCACCGAGUGUAAACCGGAACUCCUUCACAAACCGAAUGCUGCUCAGUUCUGUCAUUUCCAUAAAGGUCACGAUACUCACACGCAAUGUAAAGUCAUCUGUGUAUAGAAAAUAAACUCUAGGGGAAGUGUUCUUCAAUAAAAGCAUCAUUUUUUUUUCAA